AUGGCCCCCUCCGUCAUCCGAAACGAAACGCAGUGCUCGGUGCCUUGGAGAGCAGACGUACCCGAGGUACUCCAUCCGUCAGCCUUUAAGCUGCCGAUGACCAGUGUUGGCGAAGAGAAGGUCUGCACGACGACGAUUCGCUCCAGGGUCGACGCGGGAACGAAGCUGGAGGUCGUGCUCAAGAUCGAGCCCAGUGUGCGGAUCCGCACACCUGUCCGGGCAUUGAGCGACACAGUGGUGUCCAAGUUCCGGGACAUCAUGCUUGCUGAUGACCAGUUCCAUCGGCCUGCUACCGUCUCCAUGGUCUUGGGAGCAGAUGCUUAUCCAAAGGUCAUCCAAUCCGGAUUCCUGACCUUCGACGAGGGAAUGCCGGUCGCCCAGAAAACUGUUUUUGGGUGGAUCGUGUCCGGUGCCUGCAGCCUGCCGAGUGGACAUGUUGGCGCAAUUCACACCAGGAUCGGUUUGCCAGGCGAGCCCAUAGCUCAGAAUACGCACUUCGGAUGUAUCCUAUCUGGACGUCCUGAAGGAGUGAGGGAUUCAACUCAGUUGCGCUGUCAUCGAGUGCUUUUGCACACCAAGGCAUUGCUGAAGCGUUUCUGUAAGGUCGAGUCGGUUCCAGACCGCCCUACAGCAACAGACGAGGACUUGUGGUGCGAGUCCUUUUUCCAGAGAACUUUUGUGCAUCGAUCGGAUGGCCGCUACGUAGUGCGGUUGCCCUUUAAAACCUAUCGACAGCCAGCCAUGGUUCUGGGAAGAUCUCAUCAAAUGGCACUUAAUCGGUUCCUGCACUUGGAAAGACGUCUGUCUAGCAGCCCAGAACGGUGGAGCAAAUAUGUGGAGGAGAUCGAGGAAUACUUCGCGCUUGAGGAAAUAGCACCGGCGGUGGGCAGUGGAAGCAGUUCUGUAAGGAAUACUUCCACGAAUAGGCACGUAGCAUUCUGUGUUCCCCCGCAUCACGCUGUUUUUAAGAAGGAUCCUCAAUCGACCAAACAGCUAAUCGUCUUCGGUGCCUCCUUAAGGACUUGCAAUGGACGAUCUUUAAACGACAUUCUUUGGACUGGACCGACCCUGCAGAACGACAUAACGGCAGUCAUACUUAAUUGGCGGAAAUAUCGUUUCGAUUUCACGCCGGAUAUACAGAAAAUGUAUCGCUGUAUAGAUGUGCACCCGGAUGACGGCCAAUAUCAGCCGAUUUUAUGGCGGGCGGCGCCAUAA